AUGCCGAAUAACGCGACAAUUGUUUCGGGAUUUUUGCCCUACCUGGGCUUCAUGAUCAAGGACGUCGGGAGUCGUCUCUGUAUCAUGGGGCACUACCUGCGAAAGCGGCAGCACAUGUACCCGGUCAUGCGGCAUCAAAACAUUCGCGUCUAUCGUGGGAUGCUGCCGUGGACGCAGGAGGCGUGUUUCAUCGCGCCCAGCGCGCAUCUCUGCGGGAACAUCGUACUCGGCCACGACUGCUGCGUCUUCUACCACGCCGUCAUCCGCAACUACCACACCAAGGUGGCGACGGAGAUCGGCGAUCACACCGUCGUGAUGGAUCGCGCGACGCUUAUGGGGCAGGUGCGCAUCGGGCAGAGCGUUUACGUCGGCUGCGGCGCGACCCUCGAUUGCUGUGAUAUCCACGAUCACGUUUUUAUCGGGGCGGGCGCGAGCAUCGCGUUAGGGGCGGUCGUGGAGAAUCACGCCAUUGUCGCCCCAGGAGCGGCUGUCGGGAAGGAUGUGCGGGUGUAUGCCGGAGAGCUGUGGGCGGGCAACCCCGCGCAGAAGGUCGGAGAGGUCACCCCGGAGCAGGUGAGUGAGCUGCAUCACAUGAUUCACGACCAGAUCCAAACAGGGCACGCCCACCUGCAUGCGAUUCAUGAUCAUAUCCAUCACACGGAGAAGCUGGAUCAGAAGUGGUUGAAGGAGACGCUUGAACUUUUAGAGAAGCAGCAGCAGCAGGUCGCGAUCAAGGUGCCCUUGGAUAUCCCGCUUGAGGCGCGUCGCUUCCUACAGCCUCGCGUGCAUAUGCGUCGCCCUGAGAUGCAUAUGCGCACUUCGUAUCCGCUUAAUCGUAUCGCACCGUGGAUGCCAAGGAUGGCGGACCAGACUGCCAACGCAUAA